AUGGCCGGCAAGCGCAAGAAGACGCACUGGGCCGUGCGGCGCAAGCUCAAGCACGCGCGCGGUGGCGACGGCCCGCGUGCCGCCGACGACAAUGACCGGCAGCAGCAGCACACGGACCGGCGCGUUGAUCGCGUCGAGACCGUCCACCCUGGCUCGUACGCGGCGCAGCGUCCUCACGUCGCGUCGACGACUGCGGCAACAGUGUUGCCACCCAAGCGCCGCUAUGGUCUGUGGGUGGCUUUCUGCGGCAAGAACUACAGUGGCAUGCAGAUGAACGAAGGCGUACGGACCAUUGAAGCAGAGCUCGAGCGUGCUUUGUUCGAAGCGGGCGGCAUUGCCGAGAGCAACUAUGGUUUCUUGCAGAAGAUUGGCUGGAGUCGGGCAGCUCGGACGGACAAGGGCGUCCAUGCUGCUGGGCAACUGCUGACGGCAAAACUUCACGUGGACGAAGGUGACGACAAAGUGUUGGCGUUUGUUGCCGGAGUGAACAGUGCGCUGCCCAAGGACAUUCGCGUGCUGCAGAUGGUGACCGUCACCAAGAACUUUAAUGCGAAAAUGAUGUGCGACCAGCGCACGUACGAGUACUUGGCGCCGACGUUCAUUUUUGGUCAGCGCACACGUUGUGUAGGACUGGAGGAUAAAAAGAAGAGGCAUGAGGACGGAGAACGAGAAGCGACGCAGUGGACAGUGGAUGCGUGUGACGUGGAGAAGGACGGAAGCGACCACAUAGUGAUUGACAGUCCGACGCUCGAGGCUCACAAGGCCUUUCGAAUGAGCGAAGACACAUUGAAACAGCUCGACGCGGCGUUGCAGCAGUUUGUCGGAACUCACAAUUUCCACAACUUUACAUCGAAAAUGGAACCCACAAACCCACAAGCAAAGCGCUAUAUCAUUUCAUUUGAAGUCGACCGUCCGUUUGUGCAGUAUGAAAUGGAAUGGGUGCGCCUGCGUGUCGUUGGCCAGAGCUUCUUAUUGCACCACAUUCGCAAGAUGAUUGGUACUGCCGUGGAAGUCGUCUCGGGUAUGUGCGAUCCGUCAACUAUCGAGCGUGCCAUGCAGCUGACGAAGAUGGACUUGCCAAAAGCUCCUAGUGUGGGACUCUAUCUGGCCCAAGCUCACUUUGAGGUGUAUAAUCUGAAGAUGGCAGACUCGAUUCAGACGUCUCAUCCUCUGCUUGAUUUGAAGGAACCAGCGGUAGCGGAUGCGGUCGAACAAUUUAAGCGUGACUUUAUCUUUGACCACAUCAUGAAGCACGAAGAGUGCACACGCACUUAUGCUAAAUGGUUGCGCAUCAUGGAAGUGCUCCCAUUCGACUACAUACCCAAGUCCUAUCUAGAAUGGAAAAAAGCAAAAGAAGAUGAAGCUGCUCGUACAGAUCGUGCGGGUAGGCGUGAGUUAGCAAAGCUAGCGCGUGCUGCUGAAGCUACUGUCCAAGCAGUCACUAGUGUGGAGACGAAAGUAGUCUUACAAGCUGAUAUCGUUGCCGCUGAUUGA